AGGAGAGAAGAAACUCUCUGGAUGAAAAAUUCCACUUGGAAAAAACAACUCUUCAAACCAGAGUCCCAGAGCCGCAUCCCGGGAGACUGAAGGGAGGCCAUUUGGAGAAUACUUCCAGAAUUUGAAGUCCUCUUUUUCCCAGAAAGAGAGGAGGAAACGUAUUCUCUUGCUGAGCAGUACAACGGUCAUGUCAAACUGAGGCCUUGUUGCCGUCAUCUUGUUAAAUUCUGGAGACCCACAGUGGUGGCUUUCCCAGAAGAAGCAAGCUGUGUUUUCCACCCUGUGUUUAACUAAGCCCAGCUCCUUUGUCCUUGGAUAUUGGAUUGUAGCUUUUAAUGGAAACCCACAGUUGGCUUUAGGCCACCAAGCAGGUCAAACCUAGUCAGGGUGGUUGUUGCAAACACACCUUUAUUGCAAGUUGAAGAAACCAUUCUCUGAGUCAGGCGGAAGAGGAUGGAGUGGGAGAAAUGCCAGCCGGGGACUAAGGCAGUGUUGGCUACAGCCGUGUUCUUCUUGAUCCUGGUAACAGUCGGAGGCCUGCGGUGCUACCAGUGUGUGGGGAUGUUCCAUGAAUGCAUCCAGACGGAGCAGCAGUGUACGACCAAGGACCGCUCUUGCUUCUCAUCCACCAUCAAACUUUUCUAUACAAACAACGAUAACAGUGGAGUAUUCAUGCUGCCAGACUUGGAAUUAGCAGAAUAUGUGAUGAAAGGCUGUUCGGGGGAUGGUGUGGCCAACCGCACUACCAACGUGUACUCAGAAGAGGAACGGGAGGUACACCGUGAAUACUACUGCGACUCGGACCUUUGCAACACGCACUUCACAAGCACUUUCAUCAGCCACUCCCAGGAGGCAAACGGCAUGGAGUGUUACAGCUGCUACGACCGUGGCACAGGGGAGUGUGCCCAAGGGAAUGCCACCCGGAUCCAAUGCGUGGGUGACAUGAAUCAAUGCAUGGAUUUUUCAGUGAUUGACGGUACCCAGAAAAUGACCUACCGGACAUGUGCCCUGGAGACUCUGUGCCGCCAGCAAUAUGUGGUUCCAGAGAUCUCGGGCAGGGUGGAGAUCAGCUGCUGUUCCACUCCUUUGUGUAACGAUGGCCGGCCCGGCAUCAAGAGUAUCUGCAGCCACUUUUCAGAGCAAGGGGUCAAGCAAAGAAAAGCGAAUGGGCUGGAGUGUGCCAGCUGCUGUGACUCGGGGCAUGGCGAAUGUGCCUCAGGAAACUGGACUCACGUCAAGUGUGUUGGGAACCAGAACAUGUGUGUGAAUAUCACAGAGAGCGGCCAGACGGUGUUGCGUGGUUGCAGCUUGGAGAAGCUCUGCUGGGAGAAGCCGCAGCUGUUGGGACUGAGCCGGAAUGCCUCCAUCCGGUGCUGCUCCGGCUCCCUCUGCAAUGGCAGCUCAGUGCCAGUGGGAGGCGCUGUGUUGAUACGCCUGCUGCUGUUCAGUGCCUUGGUGGUCAUGUGUCGGUUCUGAUGCGCGCAUGAGGAUGUGCAGACUCCAAGGAAAAGGGGAAGAAAGCUUUGACCAGCAUGGUAUGCAUGUGCAGUCCAUUCUAGCAGACCAUGCCUCGAGACCCUCAUGACAUUGCUCUCAUUUGCCAUGGGCUGCAUGUACCGUUGCGUUGCAACAUCUGGCUCAACAGCCUUGCUCAAGACUGCAUGACUGCACCCUUAUUGAUCCAUGCUCCCCAAUUUUCCAAGCAGCAGGAAGUUUCCAAGAAGGUUUCCUUGGGAGAAGAGACAACAUUUGAGUCUUUAAAAAAUAUCAGUCAAGAUGCAGAAGGAGGAAAAGCCAAUGUCAUCCUUGAAACCACAUCUGUGCCUUGAAAGUAACAGUACACCCUUGGAGUUCCUAAAGCUGCUUCUUUCCAGCGAGCGGCAGAAUGGCUUCAUUUUCUUUCUUGGCAACCUCGUGCGGCAAAAUCGUUCCAUGCAUCAGGGAGUGCUUCUGCAGCCCACGUUCUGCAAAGCCCCUCUUUGUGGAGUGAAAACUAGACUCGGGAGCAGCCUUUGUUACUCUAAAUAUAUCUUCUGCUUCUCUUGUGAAUAGAAGGCCGCCUGAUUAAGUUGAUUUGCAGGAGGCCGAGGACGGACGAAAAGGAGCGCUUCUUCAGGCAAUGCGCAGUGCAUUGGUGGGAUUGGCUACCGAACUGUGGGAUUGAGCUCGGGCAGCUUUUGAAACUGAUUAGACAAAUUGAGGGAGGUUCAGUCAAUCAGCAAUAGUGGGCCAUGAUAACUGAAUGGAGCCUCCAUGUUCAGAGACAGUACAUUUCUGAAUGCUAUGUGUUGGGGACAAAUGGGAUGUCAUCAUCUUUCCAUUGAUACAUCUGGUGAACCUCUAGAGGUAUCUAGCUGGCCGCUAUGUUAGGUUAGAUCAAUUGUCUUUGAUCCAUAAGGUCCCACUAGCACAGGGUUACCAGGUCCCCACAGUCUGGUGGUGGUGGUGGGAGGGGGAGUGUCACUCACCCUUGGUAUGUGGGUUGCGAUGACAUGACUUCCAGAAGUGACAUUAUCUUGGCCGCUGCGGGAGCGCUCCCACACUUUGCAUGAGAUUCCUUCAGAAUUGGCCUGUUGGGGUCUAAAAUCAACCCCCACCGUGUGCUUGACCCUGAUACUUGCCAGGGGUGGGCAAUUUCUCGGCAGCUUGCACCCAGAAGGAAACCACUGGGAGUUUGCUCACCACCCGUGGGCACCUGAGACCUCUACUAGCUAGAUCACAAGCUGCUAUUGAAUUUCUAUUUUUGUUAUGUCUGCCUUUUAUGGGUGCCUUUUGGAGGACCUGAUGCUAGCGCAUGUUCAUUGAAGCAAGGGUGCAAUAUCACCUGUCUUUAGGGUCGCUGACUUCCACGUGGGGGAAACCCGAGCUGAGGCUUUCUGUGAGAGAGAGAGAAAAAAAUACCUCCCAUCAUUCUUCAUCCAGCGGAGAAUCACAUUGAGCGGCUGUUCUUUGUAAGACUACACUACCCAUGCAACCUUGCUGGGCCCGACACGUGCCCGGGUGUCUUGUGCAGAUUCUCUCUCAGUCAAUACUGGUGAAUUGUUCCUUACACACAUUUGACCUCCACAACUGCAUCUAGCUUGGCUGCACCAAAACUUAAGAUUGGUGUGAGCUGGAGUUUUUGCUCUGCAUAGAAGCCGGCCACUAAGGAUGAAUGAAUGUGGGAGGGGAGCCAACAUCUGGGAAAGGAGGGGGGUGUCUUCCAUAUUGUAAAGAAAGAGAGGACUCCUUGCUCUGAUUUCUGCUUUGCCCAUAGUUCCAAGCUGUCCCUUUCAGGGAGGGGUCCCUGCUGACAUUACCACCCGUUUUUUUUUUUAAAGAGGGGGGGCCCCCUGAAACUGACAAAUGUGAAGAGGCACAUUGGAAUCUCUAUCAACAAUUAAAUGCUGCAGUGCUGACAUACUGAGCAGUGGAU